AUGUUAGGAUCCAUCCAAAUUCAUCUAUCUCCUAUCCAUCCAUCCAUCCAUCCACUACUCCAUCAUCCAUUUCUAACAUUGAUUUCAAAUUGUCCAUAUUUAUCCAUCCAUCCAUUCAUUAUCCAUCCAAUAUCAAUCGUUGCAUCCGAAGAUCCAUCCAUCCAUCCGUUCCAUCAUAUCCAUCCAUCCAUAAAUCCAUCAUUUUAUCAUUGGCACAUUCCAUCCAUCCAUCCAUCUAUCCAUCCAUCCAUCCAUCCAUCCAUCCAUCCAUCCAUCCAUCCAUCCAUCCAUCCAUUCAUCCAUCCAUCCAUCUAUCCAUCCAUCCAUCCAUCCAUCCAUCCAUCCAUCUAUUCAUCUAGGCAUAUUCAUUAUCCAUCCAUCCAUAUCCAUCUAUCUAUCAUCCAUCCAUCUAUCCAUCCAUCUAUCCAGGCAUAUUCAUCUAUCCAUUCAUAUUCAUCUAUCUAUUCAUCCAUCAUCCAUCCAUCAUCUAUCUAUCUAUCUAUCCAGGCAUAUUCAUUAUUAUCCAUCUAUAUCCAUCCAUCUAUCAUCUAUAUCUAUUCAUCUAUCUAUCUAUCUAUCUAUCUAUCUAUCUGUUUCUUCAUACCUACCUCUCUAUCAAUAUAUCUCAGUUUCUUUACAUCUAUCUCUCUAUCAAUCUAUCAUAGUUUCUACCUAUCUAUUUUAGAUUCCUCAUAUCUAUCUAUAUAUCUCAGUUUCUUCACAUCUUUCUUCAUAUCUAUCUACUUAUUUCACUUUAUUAUCUAUCACUCUAUCUUUCUCAGUUUCUUCAUAUCUAUCUAUCUAUCUAUCUAUCAUAAAAUAUGUGGGUGGCGUAAGGCAGCGGUCCCCAACCAUAGGGCCGCGGACCGGUACCGGACCGUAGACCAUUUGGUACCGGGUCGUCGACCAUUUAGUACCGGUUCGGACAGAAAGAAUAAGAACUUUCUUCUUUUACAAUUUAUUGACUAUCGGGGCGUAUCUAUCUAUCUAAUUGUCUUUUAUCUAUCUAAUUGUCUGUUAUCUAUCUUUCUAUCUAUCUAUCUAUCUAAUUGUCUUUUAUCUAUCUAUCUAUCUAUCUAUCUAUCUAUCUAUCUAAUUCUCUUCUAUCUAUCUAUCUAUCUAUCUAUCUAUCAAUCUAAUUGUCUUUUAUCUAUCUAUCUAUCUAUCUAUCUAUCUAUCAAUCUAUCUAAUUGUCUUUUAUCUAUCUAUCUAUCUAUCUAUCUAUCUAUCUAUCUGUCUUUUAUCUAUCUAUCUAUCUAUCUAUCUAUCUAUCUAUCUAUCUAUCUAUCUAAUUCAUUCAUUAUUAUCUAUCUAUCUAUCUAUCUAUCUAUCUAUCUAUCUAUCUAA